CGUUGGUCUCGGUCUCGGUCUCGGUCUCGGUCUUCGUCUUCGUCCCCCUCUCUAUUUCCCGCCGCCGCCGCCAACUCCUCCGCCUCCUCCAGUUCACUCUUCCUGGAAGCCCAAAUCCAACUCCCUGCCCUCUCUAGACCCGCAGCAAUGGCUUCCGCUCCGAGGAGUGCCGUCGCCACAUCCCCGAUGUUCGUCCCCGCCGAUUCACUCCACUCCCUCCUGACCCACGAGACCCUCAUCGAGCAUUUUCGGUCCUCUCUCCCCACCGUCACGCCCUCAAUCAGCACCCCCAUCCGACAGAGCUACGCCGUCUCGCCGGACGCCUCUCUUCUCCUCAUGCCAUCCUGGUCCUCCCACCCUUCUCUGCCUUACAUCGGCGUCAAGCUCGUCACUUACUUCCCCGACAACUCCCACCGCGACCUCCCCGGGAUCCACGCGAACUACGUCCUCUUCAGCUCCGCCACGGGCCAAACCCUGGCCACCAUGGACGGCACCGUUCUGACCCUCUAUCGGACCUCCAGCGUCUCCGGCCUGGCUUCGAGUAUUCUCUCUCGAAACGACAGCGAAGUGAUGGUCAUGGUUGGGGCAGGCGCAUUGGCGCCGCACCUUAUCCAGGCCCACCUGGCAGCCCGGCCCCGGCUGAAGAGGGUUAUCAUUUGGAACCGCAGGAUUGACAAGGCAAUCUCACUGGCCGAGAAGAUGAGGGGAGAGGGGCGGUUUGAAGGGGUGAGUUUUGAGAGUGGCGGGUACCUCGAGGAGAUCGUGCCGCUGGCCGACAUUGUGAGCUGUGCGACCAAUGCAGAGGAGCCGCUCGUGAUGGGGCGGUGGCUGAAGCCAGGGGCACACCUCGACCUUGUGGGCUCAUUCAAGCCCACGAUGAGGGAGUGCGAUGAUGAGGCUGUACGGCGUGCCGCCGACAUGGGGUGCCUGUUCGUGGACAAUAGAGUGGCGAUGGAGGAGGCGGGGGAGCUGGCAGGAGCGGUGGAGAGAGGAGUGAUUGGGGAAGAGGAGAUUGUUGGGGAUCUGGUUGAGUUGGUGAAAGGAGAGAAGGUUGGGAGAAGGAGUCCGGAAGAGAUUACGGUGUUUAAGUCGGUUGGGUCGGGGGUUGUAGAUAUUCUGACCGCACAAUUAGUAUACGAUAUGGGCCUAAAACAUGUACCUCAACCAUGCUCAUAGUGUGCUAUUUGUGAGCGGAGACAAAAUAAGUCCAUCCUAUUGUUCUUAAUAAUAUGCUCAGUGCGACUAUGGUUAAAGUCAAAAUAAAUGUAACAUCACUCUGGUCUCAUAUGUACAAAUCGGAUUCUUGUAAUCUCUAUCAUUAUUCAUUAAUGGAUCGUGGGAGUCGCAUAUCUUGGGACCUUAGACACA